AGAGAGCUCCCGAUUUGGUGCGAAGCUGAAUUCAUCCUUGAAGCUUCUUUCACGCGCGAGCUCAGGACAUCGUUCGUCUAUGCUUCUGGGCCGGAUUUCCUCCUUCUUCAUUUCUCGUGAACUUCCUUGUGGUCAGACGCCUUCUGGUAUCAAACCUCCAGGUGAGGCUGGUUUUCUGUCUGCUUCAGUUUCUUGUGCAGAUAAAUGUGGAGCUACAGGACGGAUGGAGCUGCUGCUGUAUAUUAACACGAAUCAUUAAGUGUCAAAAUGUAUUUUUCUACUUAACAUCUUUCUUCUCCGCCUCUCAAAACUUUCACUUUCGCCGCAGGAUAUUUUCUCCCCUCAGACCAAAGAGGCGCUCAGCUUUGAGAUGGGGACGGAGGAGGGAUGCUCUCCCUCCAAACCCCCACCGCGUGAGGCUCAAAGGCCGGACUGUCGCGGACCUGCAUCCAGCUGCGUAUCCUUCCAGUCCAUGGAGCCGCCUUUAGUGUUUGCAGUGCAGCUUCCAGCAGAGACCGAGGUUUGGGAAGUUCCCGGUGACCCGUCCAUCGAGCAUCCUCAGAUGGAUUUGGACUCCACAUUCAUGCAUCUUGAGGAAAGCAUUGUCGCCUUUGCCAAGAGCGAGCUGAAGACCUUCCAAAAAACUCUGGCCCGUGAUGACCCAAAGGGCCUUUAUGGGUGGAGUGAAGAUGAGGAGGUGUUGGAGGGUGAGGGGAAUGAGAAGAUGAGGAGGAGGAGCAGCAGCAGCACCAGACAGGCCUUUCUGAAGAUCACACUGCACUUCCUGAGGAGAAUGAGGCAGGACGAGUUGGCCGACUCUCUGCACAGCACGUACUGUCAACGUCAACUCAAAUCCAAGCUGCGGAACAAGUUCCAGUGUGUGUUUGAGGGCGUCGCUAAAGCAGGAAGUCCAACUCUUCUGAAUCAGAUGUACACGGAGCUCUACGUAAUAGAGGAAGGGGCCGCUGGGGUCAACGAUGAACACGAGGUCCGAGAGAUUGAAACAACGACAUCCAGGAAAGCAGAAAGACCCAAAGAAACAAUCAAGUGUGAGGACCUCUUCAAACCCUUUUCUGGAAGACUCAAACCGUUCCGAACCAUGGUGACGAAGGGAGGGGCCGGAAUUGGGAAAACAGUCUUGACGCAGAAGUUCUCCCUGGACUGGGCUGAAGAAAUAAACAACCAGGAUAUACAACUCAUAUUUCCAUUCACGUUCAGAGAGCUGAAUGUGCUGAGAGAGAAGGAGUACAGCUUGGUGGGACUUGUCCAUCACUUCUUCACUGAAACCAAAGAAGCAGAAAUCUGCAGGUUGGAAGACUUCCAGGUUGUGUUCAUCUUUGACGGCCUGGACGAGUGUCGACUUCCCCUGAACUUCCAGGAAAAUGAGAUCCUGACUGAUGUCACGGAGUCGGCCUCAGUGGAUGUGCUCCUCACAAACCUCAUCAGGGGGAAUCUGCUUCCCUCUGCUCGCCUCUGGAUAACCACACGACCCGCAGCAGCCAAUCAGAUCCCUCCUGAGUGUGUUGGCAUGGUGACAGAGGUCAGAGGGUUCACCGACCCCCAGAAGGAGGAGUACUUCAGGAAGAGGUUCAGUGACGAGGAGCUGUCCGGCAGGAUCAUCUCCCACAUCAAGACAUCACGAAGCCUCCACAUCAUGUGCCACAUCCCAGUCUUCUGCUGGAUCACUUCUGCAGUUCUGGAGGAGGUGAUGGACACCAGAAAGGGAGGAGAGCUCCCCAAGACCCUGACUGAGAUGUACAUCCACUUCCUGGUGUUUCAGAUCAAACUGAAGAAUAUAAAGUAUGAUGGUGGAGCUGGGACGGAUCCACACUGGAGCCCGGAGAACAGUGAGAUGAUUGCAUCACUGGGAAAACUGGCUUAUGAGCAACUGCAGAAGGACAACUUGAUCUUCUACGAAUCCGACCUGACAGAGUGUGGCAUCGACGUCAGAGCAGAUUCUUUGCGCUCUGGAGUGUUCACACAGAUCUUCAGAGAGGAGAGCAGGCUGUACCAGGAGAAGGUGUUCUGUUUCGUCCAUCUGAGUGUUCAGGAAUUCCUGGCGGCUCUUCACGUCCAUCUGACCUUCAUGAAAUCUGGUGUCAAUCUGAUGUCAGAAAAAGAAUCCAAACCCUGGUGGUGGUUUCUGUUCAGAACAAAGCCCGAACCAGAAGAUGUCUACCAGAGUGCUGUGGACAAGGCCUUGAUGAGUCCAAAUGGACACCUGGACCUGUUCCUCCGAUUCCUCUUGGGUCUCUCUCUGCAAACCAAUAAGAAUCUCCUACGAGGUCUGAUGACACAGACAGAAAGAAGCGCAGAGUCCAAUCAGAAAACAGUUGAGUACAUCAAGAAGAAGAUCAGCGAGAAUCAGUCUCCAGAGAGAAGCAUCAACCUGUUCCACUGUCUGAAUGAACUGAACGAUCGUUCUCUAGUGGAGGACAUUCAACAGUACCUGAGCUCUGAAGGUCUCUCCACGGAUAAACUGUCUCCUGCUCAGUGGUCAUCUCUGGUCUUCAUCUUACUGUCAUCGCGGGAUGAUUUGGCUGUGUUUGACCUGAAGAAAUAUUCUGCUUCAGAGGAGGCUCUCCUCAGGCUGCUGCCAGUGGUCAAAGCCUCCAACAAAGCUCUGCUGAGUGGCUGCAAUCUGUCGGAGAGAAGCUGUGAAGCUCUGUCCUCACUUCUCAGCUCCAGGUCCUCUAGUCUGAGAGAGCUGGACCUGAGCAACAACGACCUGCAGGAUUCAGGCGUGAAGCUGCUCUCUGCUGGACUGUGUAGUAAGAACUGCAAACUGACGACUCUGAGGCUGUCAGGCUGUCAGGUCACAGAGGAAGGCUGCGUCUCUCUGGCCUCGGCUCUGACGUCAAACCCCUCCCACCUGGGAGAGCUGGACCUGAGCUACAACCAUCCAGGAGACUCAGGGGUGGAGCUGCUCUCUGCUCGACUGGAGGAUCCAAACGCGACACUUCACACCCUCGGACUGGAUCACCUUGGAGAGCAGUGGCUGAAACCGGGUCUGAGGAAAUAUGCCUGCGAACUCACACUGGACACAAACACAACGAAUGAACACCUCAAACUGUCCGACAACAACAGGACGGUGACACACGUGAGAGAGAAGCAGCCGUACCGCGACGGCCCACAAAGGUUCGACUACUGGUACCAGGUGAUGUGCACCGAGGGUCUUACUGGUCGCUGUUACUGGGAGGUCGAGUGGAGCAGAAGGGUCGACGUCUCGGUGGCUUAUGCCGGAAUCGAGAGGAAAGGAAACCUUGCCGGCUGCAGGUUCGGAGGGAACGCCCAGUCCUGGUGUCUGUUUUGCUCCGAUGACGACGGUUACGCCGUCUGGCACGACAACAGGAGAACGGACCUCCCCCGCCCCUCCUCCCCCUCAGUCUCCUCCUCACCUCACAGGCUGGGAGUGUAUGUGGACUCUCCUGCCGGCACUAUGUCCUUCUACAGAGUCUUGUCCGACACUCCGGUCCACCUCCACACCUUCAACGCCUUGUUCACGGAGCCUCUUCACCCCGGGUUUGGUUUCUGGGUGCCCGACACCUCGGUGUCUCUGUGUCCGCUGCAGGAGCGAGAGGGUCCUCCCCCUUCUGGAUGACCUAAAAAAAUGGAAUAACAGUUGCUUACUAACUGUGUGAAAUGGGCCGGAUGCAUGGAAGCGGCAGUCAUGAUAAAAGUUAGUUGGACUCUCUAAAUGCAAAGUAAAGGUGCUUCAAUGCUUCCUUGCUUAUUUCCUUUAGCGUAAGGAACAUCCUUGACAGCCGCUCCACAGCAUUUAAAGCUUUAAAGGCUUUAAUAUACACUCCAUAUACAAAGGAAGUGUGACAAAUAAUCCUUUUGUUGUACAGCAGUGAAUUUGUCAACAGACUUGAAUAAACACCAUAAAGAAAAAUUAUUAAGUCCCAGAAGACAGAGAGGUAAAGUCUCAGCCAUUCCAAGGGGACUUAUAUAAGAAAAUACAAGUGUGGGAUAAGAAACAAAAAAUAUUUUGACUCCGUUCUAAUUGUUGGACAAAUGCGAUAUUUGUUAAGUUCUAAAAAGGAAAUGCAACCCAAGAGUCCCAUUUUGUUGUGAUUAUUGUGGUUAUGCGUUGUAUUGCGUAAUAUUACUGUGAAGAUAUGUAGUAAAGGUGUGUCAGAGUUUAAGCUACAACACAUUCACUGAACAUCUGCAUCUUGGAUUUGGGUUCUGGUUUAAUCCACCAGUGUCUCUUUUUCUGCAUGCGUGAUCUACCUUUGCCAUGAAGCGGCUUCCGUUAAGUGACAUGUCAGAACAAAAGUUUGAGAGAUUUAAAUUAAAUUCUUUGCAAAGUCCCCUCUUUUCCAACUAUUUUAAGCAAGAGAAAAUAUUUUUGUAUGAAAAAUACUCUUUAUUUUGUAUUUUGUUAUACGUUAUUUCUAUCCAUUAUUCUAAUCCUCUUGAAUGUAUGCAUGUUGUUUGUGCAAGUGUACAUGUAACAUGUGGUUAUCAAAUAAAAUAAUGAUAUAAAA